GGUAAAUGAUACCAGAGAGAGAAAAAAAAGGGUUAGGUUCUCUCACUUCACCAAACAGUCGAGCUACUUCUCUUUCAUCAAUCUCCGAAGAAGAGCUUCUCUGCCUUCUAAAAGGGAGGUUCUUCGGUUAUGGUCAAUGCCUUAGAUUUGCAGAGCUUUAUUCUCAGAGCUCGAGUGCUUAAACUUUACAGGCAAGCUUUGAAGAUAGCUCACAGAGCUCCUCCUCAGGCUAGAGGGGAAUUAAAACAGAGUAUUAGGCAAGAGAUAGAGAAGAACAGUGAGUGCAAGGACAAGCAAAAGAUCAGGUAUUUGAUUAGUGAAGGAUUAGAGAGGAUUAAACAACUUGAUGAGAUGUUGGACAUGCAAGGCCAUUGAAAUCGCUUUGUCCUUUUGUUGUAAUGUAUUGUUGUUUCUGAAAGCAUAUGUUUUGUCUGAUAAAAGUAAAGAACAAAAGAAACAUGUGUUCUUCUUGAACAUAUAUUCAUUUGGUUUGAUGCUUA